AUGAAUAAACUAUUAUUUUUAUCAAAAAAAUCAUCAACAUCAAAUUUAUAUAGAUUUUAUAGUAGAGCACCAAUAAAUGAAUCUUCAAUAAAAUCAUCAUUUGAUCCUAAAGUUGUUGAAGAAUUUAAAUAUAAAUAUUGGCAAGAUAGUGGAUUAUUUAAACCAAAAUCAAAUAAUGGUGGUGAAAAAUUUUCAAUGGUAUUACCACCACCAAAUGUAACAGGAUCAUUACAUAUUGGACAUAGUUUAACAACUACAAUUCAAGAUUCAUUGAUUAGAUAUAAUCGUAUGAUGGGCAAAGAAGUAUUAUGGGUACCAGGAUUGGAUCAUUCUGGAAUUGCAACUCAAGUUGCAGUUGAGAAAGAAUUACAAGUGAAACAAGGUAAAACUAGAUUCGAUUUAGGUAGAGAGAAAUUUUUAGAACAAGUUUUCCAAUGGACUGAUCAAUACUCGAGUAAUAUUAAUAAUCAGUUAAAGAUAACAGGUUCGUCAUUGGAUUGGAGUAGAUCAGUGUUUACAUUGGAUGAACAAAGAAACGAUGCAGUUCAAACGGCGUUUAUUAGAAUGUUUGAAAUGGGCUUGAUUUAUAGGUCCACUAGAUUGGUUAAUUGGUGUCCAUAUUUGCAAUCGGUGAUUUCAGAUAUUGAGGUUGAUCAUAAGGUAAUUGAGAAACCAACAAUGUUAAAAUUAAAGAGUAGAAAGAAGUCAGUUGAAGUUGGUGCAAUUCAUAAUAUUGCCUAUAUGAUGGAGGAUCCAAUGUUGGCACCAUUGAUUGUUAGUACUACGAGACCAGAGACGAUAUUUGGUGAUACGGGUCUAGCCAUUCAUCCAUUGGAUGAGAGGUAUAAGGAUUAUCAUGGUAAAUUUGCAAUUCAUCCAUUUAAUCAUGAAAGAAUACCAAUAGUGUUGGAUGAUAUUUUAGUGAAUAGAGAGAUGGGUACUGGUGUGGUAAAGAUUACACCAGCUCAUGAUUUCAAUGAUUAUCAAUGUGGUCAAAGACAUUCAUUGCCAAUUGUAAAUAUUUUAAAUUCAAAUGGUACUCUAAAUGAAAAUUCAACAGCAGAGUUUGAAGGUGUUGAUAGAUUGGAUGCAAGAUCAAUGGUAAUUGAAAAACUUGAACAAAUGGGAUUAUAUAGAGAGAAAUUAGCACAUCCACAAACAUUAUCAAUUUGUAGUAGAUCUGGUGAUCUAUUAGAACCAGUGUUAAAACCACAAUGGUAUGUUAAAUGUAAAGAUAUGGCUGAUAAAUCAAUAGAGUUUGUUGAAUCUGGUGAAAUUAAAAUCAUACCAGAAUCAUUCCGUGCAGAUUGGUCAAGAUGGUUAACUAAUAUUCAAGAUUGGUGUAUAUCAAGACAGUUAUGGUGGGGUAAUCCUAUACCUGCCUAUAGAGUUAUAAUGAUUGAUAAGGUGACUAAUGAGGAUUUAGAUAUUCAUUUAACAGAAACUGAAAGAUUAAAACAAGAGAAAUGGGUAGUUGGUAAAAAUGAAAAAGAAGCAAGAGAAAAUGUAUUCAAAACUUAUGGUAUCGCCAAUGCUGGUGAAUAUCGUUUAGAGAAGGAUCAAGAUGUAUUGGAUACUUGGUUUUCAUCUGGACUUUUCCCAAUUUCAUCAAUGGGUUGGCCAACAGCAACAAAGAAUAGUGAUAAUGAUAAUGAUUUUUCAAGAUUUUUACCAUUAGAUGUUAUGGAGACUGGUUCUGAUAUUCUAUUCUUUUGGGUUGCAAGAAUGGUAAUGAUGUGUUCCACUCUUAAUAAUGGUGAAGUACCAUUUAAAACCAUUCUAUUACAUCCAAUGAUUAGAGAUUCACAAGGCAGAAAAAUGUCAAAAAGUUUAGGAAAUGUAAUAGAUCCAUUACAUGUUAUCAAUGGUAUAUCAUUACAAGAUCUUAAAGAGAAUCUUUCAAAAUCUAAUCUUUCACAACAAGAGAAAGUCACAGCAACCAAAGGUUUAGAAAAAGAAUUUCCUCAAGGUAUUCCACAAUGUGGUACUGAUUCAUUACGUUUUUCAUUAGCUCAAUAUCCAAUCAAUGGUAAAGAUAUUAAUUUAGAUAUUUCAAAAAUUAUUGGUAAUCGUUUAUUUUGUAAUAAACUUUGGAAUGCUUCAAAAUUUGUUUUUAAUUAUUUAGUAAAUUUAAAUAAUCUAUCAAUUAAUUUAUAUUAUAAUAAUAAUAAUAAUGAAAAAGAUCAGCAACAACCAUUUAAUUAUUUAGAAUCAACAACAUUAAUUGAUAAAUGGAUAUUAUUAAAAUUAUCAAAAUUAGUUGAAAUUGUAAAUGAAUCAUAUAAGAGUAAUAAUUUAUCAAUUGCAGCACAAUCAUUAUAUUCAUUCUUUCAAUAUGAUUUUUGUGAUAUUUAUAUUGAAUGUAUUAAAGCGGAUUUAUCGAAACCAAUUCUAUCAAAACAAAAUGAACAUUCAUCAUUGGUAUUGGCAAGUGUAUUAGAUAGUUAUCUUAGAAUGCUUCACCCAUUUAUGCCAUUUAUAACUGAAGAUCUUUGGCAAAGAUUACCAAAAUCUAAACAACAAUUAGAGAUUGCAAACUCUAUUGAAAUUGAUGAUUCAUUAUCAAUUAUGAUUUCAGAUUAUCCAAAUCCAUCCUAUAAAUAUCAUCAAUUAUUUAAAAAUCAAGAAAUUGAAAUUGAAAAACAAGUUAAUCUAUUCCUUGAUACUUUAAAACUAAUUAGAUCUCAAAAAGUUUCAUUAGGAAUAAAUGAAAAAACAAAAUUAAUUAUAAAAUUACAAAUUAUAGGUGAUGAUCAAAUUUUAAUUAAAUCAAGUUUUAAUCAACUAAAAGAUUCAUUUGAAAAAUUAUUAAAUUCAAAUUUAAUAAUUGAUGAAAAUAAUAAUAAUGAUAAUAAUAAUAAUAAUGAUAAUAAUGAUUUAACAAAUAUAUCAAUAAAUAAAUUUACAAUUUCAAAAGAAUUACAAAUUUCAAUUGAAUUUGAUAAAGAAAUUAAUAAUCAAUUAAAUCAAAAAUUAAUUAAUCCAAAUCAAUCAAAUGAUAAAAAGAUUUUAAAAUUAGAAAAUUUUAUUAAACAAUUACAAGAUGAAAUUGAUAAUCCAGAUUUUAAACAAAGAGUACCUGAAAAAGUUCAAAAUAUUAAAAUUGAAAAAUUAAAUCAAUAUAAAAUUGAAUUAAAAGAAAUUUAUAAAAAAUAA